AGUGCUGGCGACGGUUGUGUCGUGUGCCCGUUCCGUUGUAAACGAAAAUAGUGUGAGACGAGAGUGCGGAAAUGGAUACAGUGCAAUAACAACAAACCAAUAUAAAAGAACAAGCGCAGAAGAAGUUUUGUUUUUCUACAAAAACAUUUUCAGAUACAUAUUUAUACACAAUACAAAAGUUGUUACGCUGCAAAUACAUGUUUUAUAUCCGCAUACGAGUGCUGCUAGUGGAAAUUCAGAAAUAAAAGAAAGCAAAGCAAUAGAAAAUAAAUACAAACAAGUUCUUGUACUUCGUAAAAGCUUAAUCAACUAAAUUUAGUGAUAUAAUAAAGCCUAGAAGCGGCAUCAAAUAGAUAUUGCAAAGUAAGCAGUGUAAAGAGUGGUGCAGUUUUUUAUGAAUGAGCCUGUGUGUGCAAGAAAAUAGAAAAUCAUAUGUACAUAUGAAAUAAAAACGUUAAGAAUAACACAUGAAAAAGGAAGUAAAAGAGGAGCACCCGAAUACAUAUGAACGUAUUGUAGACAUAUUUGGUUUCUGCAGACGAGAAAUAAUGCAAUUGUAAUCAGAGUACGGCAAUUGGACAGUGGAAGGAAAAAAUGUGAAAAAACUCAGCGAAAUAACAAAACCGGCUGUUUCGCAUUUCAGUUUAUUUUUCUUUUACGAAUUUCGAUGAAUGCAACAUCUUAACAGUGCCGACAACAAGUAUGACAGCCAAUCGACCAGCUACGCAAACCGAGGAAAGGUUGGCGGAGCAACAGCAACAACACCAACAACAACGUACGCAACAACAAUGCACAAACACUUCAACAAAUGCGACAAAUGCCAAUCUGUCAUCGUCUGCGAACGCUUCAGCUGCUUGUACGGCGGCUAACUAUGAUGAAAUGGAGCAUUGCGGCAACAGAUACGGUGGAACUACUGUAAUAAACACCAGCAGUGGUGACAGCAAUUGCGCGCAUGCUGAUGGCGGUGAAGGUGUAUGUCGUAAUCAUAGUACCGCCAGCUCAACAACACACCGCCGUGGUCACAGGCGGCAAGAGUCCAUGUAUCAGAUGACGGGCCUCUACUCGGAAACGAAUACUAGCGGCGAUGAUAGCAGCGUCGAUGCCGCCACACAGGACUCUCCGGCCAAUUUGGGUGAAUUGGCCAGUUGCAGUGCCGGCCCGAUGCCUGGCGUCAAUAAUACCAACGUUUUGUCGCGUGCCACCUGCAAAUGUCACAAUCAUUAUCAUCACCCACCACCACAUCAGAACAACCAUCAUCACCACCCACACAACAAUGGCCAACAGCAAACGCCAUGCAAUGCCAGCGGCUGUUGCAAUGAGACUCUGGCGAAAAGUCAUAGCCGUCAGCCGUCUGCGAACAUUACUGUUGGCGCAUCUACUGGCGCCGGUAGUAACAAUAAUGCGGCUAAUAUGCUAUACGAUUCCGAAUAUGAUAAUGAUGACGAACUACAAUCACGUGACUGUGGCAUUCUCAACUAUAGACCGCGUCGUAUACAAAAAUUCGCUCGCAUCAAAGUAUUCGUCCUUUUACUGUCGAUUCUAGUCACGCUGCAGCAGGCCUUGAGUUCCGGUUAUAUAAAUUCAGUGAUUACGACGAUUGAGAAACGUUUUGAGAUACCGUCAAGUUAUUCUGGUCUGAUAGCGUCCAGCUACGAGAUUGGCAAUGUGAUAACUGUUAUAUUCGUGAGUUAUCUGGGUAGUCGGCGCCAUAUACCCGUGUGGAUUGGUAUAGGCGCCGCCAUUAUGGGCAUUGGAUCGCUGGUAUUCAUGGUGCCCCAUUUCACCGGUGAACCGAAUCCCGGUGUCACGAUUAUGAAUGAAACAAGUGACAAUAUAUGUCGCAGUGCUCUGGUACGCGACCAAGAUAUGGACUUAGGAAGGCUAUCGAGUGGUCUAUCGAAUCCACCGUUGGCUUCGCACACGUUGCGCGAAGAUAACUGCCUCGAGGGCAAGCUGUCUACCUUCGGACCGGUGUUGCUUUUUGUCAUUGCACAAUUGCUGCUAGGUUGCGGUGGUAGUCCUCUGUUCACGCUCGGCACUACCUAUGUGGACGAUCACGUUAAGACGGAAAGUUCAUCAAUGUACAUAGGUUGUAUGUACAGUAUGGCAGCGUUUGGUCCGGUGCUGGGAUUUCUGCUCGGUGCCUACUUAUUAUCAUUUCACAUGGACUCACUGUCGUCCACUAUCAUCUCGAUAAAUCCAGGAGAUCGUCGCUGGGUUGGCAUGUGGUGGGGUGGUUUCCUCCUAUGUGGCAUUUUACUGCUGAUUGUUGCAGUGCCAUUCUUCUCCUUUCCAAAGGUUCUUACCAGCGAAAAGAAGAAGAUACGUAAAAGCUCCGUUAUGCAACCUGCAGUGCCUAAUAACUCAAAUAGUCUUCCACGCGGCACCGAUCCCGCUGGCAAAGUUAAAAAGGAAAUAGUGGCUGUGACUGCUAAAGAAGACGAUGAGCCGCGCGUGGAUACGGGCUAUGGAAAGGAUAUAAAAGAUAUACCCCAAUCUAUGCUGCGACUCGUGACGAAUCCCGUUUAUAUAGUUACUUGCUUGGGUGCGUGCAUGGAAUUGUGGAUUGUAUCCGGGUUUGUGGUGUUCUUACCGAAAUAUUUGGAAACUCAAUUUAGUUUGGGCAAAAGUCAAGCAAGUGUCUUCACCGGUUCCAUUGCCGUGCCGGGUGCGUGUAUUGGCAUCUUUAUAGGCGGCUGUAUAUUGAAACGGUUCCAGCUGAAACCCAAAGGUGCUGUGCAGUUUGUUAUAAUUUCGAAUGCCAUCUGCCUCGGGCUAUACGCAAUGUUAUUUUUUCUUGGCUGCGAUAACCUCAAAAUGGCUGGCACUACAAUACCGUAUUAUCGUAGCGCUAAACACGGUAUCAUCGAACCAUUCCAAGUAAAUCUUACGGCUGCCUGUAAUUUCGGCUGUGAAUGUCUCACCAGUGAUGUGGAACCGGUGUGUGGUAACAAUGGUUUGACAUACUUCAGUCCUUGUCAUGCGGGCUGUACAGCCUUUUCAUCCACGUCGAACUACACCAAUUGUGCUUGUGUUCACUCGAAUAUAUCGAGCAGCAUUUAUAUGGGUGCUGGCGGCAGUCAAGCUCAAGCAUUAAAUGCCAAUGAAGAUUUUGCCGAAGUAACCGUUGUUCCUGUUGCAACUGCCGGUCCAUGUGCCACACCAUGCCGUACCAUAUAUCCAUUCCUCAUAUUGCUUUUCUUCAUGACCUUCAUUGUGGCCUCUACACAAAUGCCAUUGCUGAUGAUUGUUUUGCGUUCAGUGUCGGAAGAAGAGCGUUCCUUUGCCCUGGGUAUGCAAUUCGUUAUCUUCCGUUUAUUCGGCUAUAUACCGGCGCCCAUACUCUUUGGGAAUCUCAUCGAUUCGACAUGUUUACUUUGGAAAUCCACGUGUGGUGAAAAGGGUGGCCGUUGUUUGAUCUAUGACAUUGAGAAAUUCAGAUACAAAUAUGUGGGCCUAUGCGCUACUGUAAAAAUCGUGGCGCUUGCAAUAUUUAUCGCCGAUUGGUGGUUAGUGCGGCGAAGAAAGCAGUUGGAGAAGUUAAAGCCCAUCAAUGCAAACGAUCCUAUAAUCGGGUCCAUUAUCAGUUUGGAUAAAUUGUUCGAGGAAAAAUUAACGACGAAUGAAACGAAUCCGAUAUACGGCAGUAAUGGCGAAAUCAUACUCACAUCAGACGUGGUGAGGCACUCGAGAAAUGACUCGCGCACCAUACAACUAGAAUAUGGCUAUGACAAAUGCAAUAAUGCAAUCAAUUCCUCUGGUUUAUUAACGCCACAAACUAAAUCCAAGAAACAUUUCCGCAGUGCUUCAUGUGAUGUCAAAAUGAUACGUAGCUUCUCCAAGGACCAAAACAUCGCCCCUGGCUCUGGUACAACGGACGGUGGCUUGCAUGAGCCUAUAAAGAUCAAGAGCUUAAAACGGUUUCAGACACAUUCCCGCAACAAUUCCAGUGAUUUGAAUAGUGAUUUCCGUCACAAACUCACGCAUUCGCGCACAAACUCACGCGACGAUGCCGGCGCUGGUGCCCUCAAUAUACGUUACAUACAAAAUCAGCUCAAACCGCAAGAGGAUGAGGAGGACGAUGACGAGCUGACGACCGGUUGUGGUCAUUUCGUGAAGAAACAUGCACGCAAUCAUUCCUAUGAUCAAAUUUAUAUGCCCAAUAAUAUACGUUUUGAUGCUGAUUUCUUCCGGAAUCAUCACAAUAACAAAAACAAGAAUGUGAACGUGUUAAAGAAUGUGAAUAGAGAGGAAACUCGUGUAAAGAAUUCGAAUGAGAUGGAAGCGGCAGCAGCUGCAGCAGCAGGAACAGCAACGGCAACAACAGUCGGAUCACGCGGCCACUCACGCAAUAAUUCAAAGGAUUUAAAUAUACGCACAACUACAGCAACGAGCAAUAAUAUAAAUCCAAUAGCGCCAUCUUCGUGCACCGCCACUCUGGGUGGUAGUGGUGGUGGUGUAGUCGGAGCAGCUCACAAUGUGGCUGAAGCGGCAUUGAAUAUCCUACGCCAUCGGCGCACUAAUUCCAAAGACUUAAAUUACACACUCUGCACGAGCAAUGAACGCAACGAUUUGGGUGGCGGUAGCACUGCUUGCAGCAGUAAUGCAUCGACGCCAGCGCAUGGCAGUGGCGGCAGUGCGGCAUCCGCCUUGCAUUUGAAACACGCACAUGCGCGCAAAGUCUCUCACCACAAAAUUCAAAUCGACGAUGAACGCAACGAGCUCAUUAGGUCAACAGGCGACGACGACGAUGACACGUCCGGCGCACAUAAUGAGCGCAAUCAAGCCUCGAGUGCGUCGUCACCGGCUGCUAGCAGCAAAGAUGUGGAAGCUUUGCGUUAAACAAUGGUAAACUAUCUUAGGAAACUUAUUUAGAAUUAUUUAAAACAUAUUCGCAAGCACACAUACAUACCUACAUACAUGCAUUUGUAUGUAUUUCACAAUUUUAGUUGGUAAAAUAAAGAUCACAGUCGAAAAGGAGCCAAAUAUGUAACUAACAAUGCAAAGAAACAAAGCAAACAGAAACAAUUCAGUACCAGCUAUGCUAGAAUCUGUCCGCGAAAUUUUGAUACAUUUUUAGGCAUUCCAAAAACUAAAAAAAAUUUGUUCUUCCUUAGUUAAAGCUCUUAAGUGGAAAUAUCAAAAUCGAAAGUGUACUUAAGUGGUUUUAUUCUUUGCUUAUAUUAAAAGCUUCGUCUGGUUUUAGUUCUUCAAUGUGACAAGGCAUUGCGAAACGAGUUUUAUAGCAUAUUUCUAAAAUUUUGAUUUACUCUAAUGCUUAGAAAAAUAAAUUCGUGCGCAGCAAUUUUUUUUUGUACACAAAUACAUAGAUAGUAAUACAGAAUAAACGUUUUCGUAGAUUAUUUGAUACCCGCGUACAUACAUAAGUAUCAGACAGAAAUAUAUAUAUAUAUAUAUACAUAUAUAUACCCUAAAUGUGUAAGAAUUUUAAUGUUAAUAUUUUAAAAAUAUAAAUUUUGUUCUAUUCAUUUGUGAUAACAAAUCGAAAGAUUCUAAUUCAAAUUGUUUAUAUGUACACGUAGCCAAGUUCAUGGUAGAGCGAGUUUCUUAAAAUUUAUUAGUCUAUAUGCGCCGGUUAACACAGCGUAGAAAUUUUAAAUUAGAAAAUAGAGAAUUCGAAUUAUCGAAUUUGUUUCAUGUGCUUUCCAUACAAUGAAUCAUUUAGGAUCAUUUUCCCCACUAGCCAUUGACUUUACAGGCCACUUUGUAGUGGCGGUAGAUACAUUUUCGUUCUUUCAGGCGCUUAUUAAAUUCUUGGGCCGAUAUGUUGUAAGGCAAGUUGAUAUUCGAGUAAAAAAUUUCGUAGCUAUUUUCAAAGUGUUUGAGCUCAAAUAAUAUUAUAUUUUCAAAUAAUUUUAAAGGUUGCCCUAGUUUCGUAAUGGACAAAUUUUUGUUUGACGGUUUGCUGUGAAAAUGAAAAAAAUUAAAGGGCACUUUAAAGUGAAGAGCCACUAAUUGCCUCGGCUAGUAAAUCACAUUCUAUUGUCAAGCUGAGACAACCGCACUCAGAUUUUCAAACUUUACACGAUAUGAGCGAAGCAGUAGUGGGGUAGCUCAUAAGAUGGCUCAUGGAAUAAAUACAUUUUUUGAAUUUACACAUAACGAAGAAAGAUUUUUUAUCCCGCUCUUUGUCAGCAUUUUUCGGAUCAUUUAAAUUAAUAAAUAAAUAAUUGGCGCAUUCAUUUCUGUUAGGGGUUUGACCGAGCUCCUCCUUCUAUUUGUGGCCUGCAUCUUGAUGCUGUUCCAUAAAUGGAGGGACCUACAGUUUUAAGACGACGCACUCGAACCAGAUAUUUUUUAUGAGGAGCUUUUUCAUGGCGGAAAUACGUACACUCGGAGGUUUGCCAUUGCUUACCGAGGGGCGAUGGCUAUUAGAAAAAAAUGUUUGUAUUAUUUGGUGUUAAUGCACGAAGAAUCGAAUACACACUCCCGAAUAGUAGUAACGCACCAACCCAUUUGGCUGCGGCGGCCGAUUAUUUACCUCAUAUCGGGUGUUUUUUUUUUUUAGCUGUAUGAGAACUAUUGAUAUCGAUAACUGCGGUUUGCCAGCUGAGAAUGGUAAGCUGUGUUGACAUUUGUGUUCAGUAAAGGUUGGCAAGCCAUCAUUAAUCACUGUACGCCAGGAUAACGUUUCUAAAUUGUGGAAAUUUUCUUUGCAAAAAAAAAAAAAAACAAAACAAAAUUGAUCGCGAAGAUCAGAGAGCAAUUCAUUCAUCUCAAGUGCGGUUUACACGCCGGCAGCAUCAUCGGUCCUUAUAUUUUUCGAAAUGAGAAAGGAGCUGCCGUUACGGUGCAUGACGAACGCUAUUGAGCAAUGCUAGUUUUCAAAAAUGAAUCAGCUAAAAAUCCAAGACAAUUGAUUGAAACACGACGGCGAAACUUGCCAUACAGCGCGCUUAAGAAUCGAUUUAUGGCAAUAUUCAAGCCACCAUUGACGUUAUACGACCUGAUUUAUUGGAAAAAGUUAUUAAAAAUGAUGCACGCAGCCGCGGCGGACACAUGCCGGGUAUCAUAUUGAAAAAAUAAAUAUGAUGAAAUUAUAUACCAGAUUAUAAUAAAAAGAAAUUCAUUCCAUAAAUAUUUCUGUUUUAUAUUAUCAUUUUAAGUUCUCAAUCUCUUAAAAAAGCACCCGAUAUAUCUUAGCGACUGUGGCGAACUCAAAAUCAAGGAUCACACAUUUUAGAUUUAUUAAAACGUUUAUUCAUUUUAUUGCUUUUAUUUUCAUUUCAAGUCCAACUCACCAUUGGGAAAUUAAAAUUCAUUUAAUUCACUGAAUUAAAGUUAACUUCUGGUUAACUGCCUACAGAAAAAGCGGGCCUAAGGCUGAGAUGUAGCUCUCAAGAAAAUGCAAAAGCAAAAAUAGUCAUUUAUUCUUGUGUGUAUGAGAAAAGGUAUGGAAGAAAGUUUGGCUAACGAUUUGGGGUUCUAAGAAAAAGAACUCACUCAAACUAUUUAUUUCUCCCUAAUCUACGCACAGGUAACACAAUGAACCUUAGACGCCUAAAUGAGAUCUUUUUACAGACCAGCCAGUACUACAUAUGUAUCUACCUAAAUCUAAGCACAGGCUAUGUGCACAGCGUGUCAAUUGCAAUGCAAAUAAUUGUUGGUGCUCCAGAUCACUUGCCAACUCGUGUAGAAAGUUCUUCUGUACCGGUCUUGAUAGUUCUAUUGGAUUGGACAAUAGUAAUCUUAAGUAUCUGGAUCGAUUCUAUAAUGCCCCAUCAACUCGCAGCUGCGUGGUGACCAGUUAAAAUUACUAUGAAAAUAAGUGCGCAAAAGGUCGACUGCUUGUCGGGCUGUGUGGUGUGUUGUGCGAUCCUGCUGAACCAAAAGUCGUCUUAUAUCUUUAUUUCUCAGCACACUGACGCUCGAAAUCUUGAGGUUUUUUAAAUCGAUAGCGAGGUGCUGUUGUAUCAAAGAUGUUUUUCUAAUAUCGGUUGCUGCUAGAUAGGGAAUAGCAAAUCUACGAUUAAAGUUUCGACACUAUAAAUUAUCUGCCUUUCAGAAAUAACAUGAAAGCGUAGGUCUCUCCUUUUGGCAGGAAAUCAAAAUAGGCAGGUAAGAUAGGUUGAUUGCAAAUUCAGGAUUGGCCAUAGUGCACUAAAUAAUUAAUGCAAUAAACGGAUAAUUAAAGCACUGUUAGGUAGUUAGGUAGUCAAACCACUAAAAAAUUAAAAAAAUUAGUAGUAGUGCGAAAUGCCCAACCCUAAACAAAUUGAAGUAGAAGCUGAACCUUUCAAAACCCCUAAAAAAUAAAAGAGCAAAUAUAAUUCUUCCACAUAUACAUUUCGCAGCCGGCGUAACCGAAUGGGUUGAUGUAUGACUAACAUUCGGUGGUGCUCAGGCUCGAAAUCUCAGGCUUGAACCACCAAAUAAUAGAAAAAGGCUUUUCUAACAGCGGUCACCAAACAUCUGAGUGUAUAUCUGCCUUGAAAAAGCUUCUCAUAAGAACCAUCUGAGCUUCAGUAGCUGUAAGUCAGAAACUUGUGGAAAAUAUCAAGCCGCACGCCACAAAUAGUAGGGACAGCUCGGAAACAACUAAGAAAUGGUGUAAGCGCCAAUUAUAUAUGUAUAACUUAUAUUUAUAUUAGGGUUGAUAAAUUUGUAUGGAACAAUUUUACUUGACACCGUUCCUAGGAGAUUUGGAUACUACAUACAUUUCGAAGAAAUCAAGUCAAUUACAGUAUAGCUCCAAGUCAACUUCGCGCCUCCCAUUUUUAAAAGAAGUUUUUUCUUCAAAAAAUACGCAAAAUUAAGAGGGAGUUGGGCAAUGAAGAUAGAAAGUAGAAAAAUACACCUCCUGUUGAAAGUCAAAAGGUGCUAAAACGAAAAUAAUUGUAAAUAAGUUGUUAAUUGUAAACAAAUAAACAAAUCUUGACAAAAACUAUACUGUUGAAAUAUCAUAAAAUUUCAUUGGUUUUUGGCUUUUGUGCUUUCGUAAUACUUUUUCACUAUUAAUUAUUAAAAUCACUAAAUUAAUAAUCACUAUUUCACGCUACUUUCCCUUUGUGGCUGCUAAAACAAAGAAAAACACGCAGUUACACAUUGCAUCAGUGGCGCCAGCAAGAGGAAGCGGGCGACCGCGGUAAUAGCGUAGACACACGAAAUUUAGCGAAGUCCUCAACCAUCUGUGCGAUCCUUCUGCCAGAAAAAUGUGAAACACAGAUGGCGCUCCAAGGAGGCGUUGUUCCUAAGCAAAAACAGGUGAGCAUUCCCACUACUUAGGACUGAUAGCGGCAGGCUAAUCACCUACCCUGUCAGAAAUCACAAUAAAUAUACUAAUUAAAGAUAUGUAGCUUCCUAUAAAAUGUGGGUGCUCGUAAUUAAUUUUACAGCUAUGCGCAUUGUUUUCUUAGAAUGUUAUGUAGAAUUCGAAUAUGCUAGGAACGAUAUUGAAAAAAAAAUUGGCCCGCUCUAAUGUAUGCAUAUAUAAAUGUAUACAUACAUCUUUAAAUUAAAAAUAGCAGGAAAACACUUAAAUGGACAAAAAUGCUUUACAACAACUCGCUUAUUUCAGACAAAAACUUGCAACCUCGUUUCGAAAAUAAGUAAAAUAAUCUUCUAUUAUCAAUAUUUUUUAUAUUUUAUAGCAUUUAUCAACAGUUAUAUCCAAAUUGUGAAAAUAUAGAUUUAGAUGUGAUACAGGAACAUAGUUUGAUACAAACGUGCGUAUUAAUGUGUACAGAGGCAGUUGGAAACACAUUCGAUUUGAUUGAUUUAAUUUCUAAUUAUUAUUUACAUAACGAAAAAUAUUCAUUUUCACCACUUCUCAGUAUUAGUUGUUUGGAUUAGAGAAUUUAUGAGGAGGUGGGAGUGAUUGAAGUGGUGAACGAUUAACAUAUGUAUGUAUUUGCACAUAUACGAGUAUAUGUAUAUUAUUAGUUAGCAAGGCAUAAUAAUAAAUGUAUGCACUACAAGUGAACAUACAUACACACAUAUAUACAUAGAAAUGUAAAGUUUCAAUUUGCUGAAUAAAAUGAAUUUAAAGAAUUAAAGAAUAUUAUGAAAAACUUAUAAGAAAACUAAUUGUAUGAAAUUUUAAAUAAAUAUUUGUACAUUUACACACUUAUGAUCAUUUGUACACAUACAUAUACAUACAUACAUAUAUGAAUUAAGAGAAGUAAAAGAUGUUAUGAUUUGUCAAUAGAUUAAGUUCUUAUACAUAAAGAAACAUACAAUACAAAUUAGUGGAAGCCGUAGUUGAGGGACAACUGCAGAUUGGAAUACAAAAUUAAAUGAUAAAAGAUGGUAAGUAAAGUAAAGAAAAAUUAAGUAAAAAUAGAUAAAAUGAACUAAAACAAAAAUGAAGUUGAAUUCAAUAAAAUAAAAUUAAAAUAAUGUGAUACAAAAAAACACAACACAAAAUAAAACAAAGUAAAAAAAUAAAUUAAAAUUAAAAUAAAUUUAAAUUACAUUAAAUUUAGUAAAAAUAAAACAAAAUUAAAUUAAAUUAAAUAACAAAAUAUAAUAAUAUAUAUAAAAUAAAAUAAACCUAACUUAACAAAACAUAGCAUUAAAUAAAAUACAUAAACCAUAUGUGCCCAUAAUUAUGAAAGUGGUCUAAGUCAUAUAUUUCUUGCUUCGAGAUAUUUAUUGAAUUGCAUUUGAACGAGUUAAAAAAUAUUUUUAUAUUAUGAGACAAUUUAAUUUAUAAUUUUCUUAGUCUUGACUAAUGAAAAUUUAUUAUUAAUGACUAUUUAGUGUUAUUAUUAAGUGCAAUAAAGAAGUAUGAGUUUUAUUUCAAACAGUAACUUUAAUGAAAUAAUUCACGAACAUUUAUUACUUUUUUUUAAAAGUAAUUCAUUUUAUUAUUUUUUUUAGCUUUAAAAAUUCUUAAAAACUUCAUGAUAAACUGGGGGCAUGUAUGGUAGUAAACACAUGAUAUCUUUAUAUUUUUCUUCUGUUACUGGCUUCUAAUGGAAGUAGUUUAAUAUCUUCGUAUAUUUUUGGCCUUCCUCCUUAAGGUGAAAGCUCCAAAACAUGGAAUUUGGAAUCAUCUAAGGAAGUUUUUUAGAAAAUUUUACAAGGUUCAUUUUUCAAAAAACGCAUCCAUUGAAUUUUCAGCUAAGAGACAGAUUCACCCACUGUAUUUUUUACUCUUUUUGUUAUUAAAUCUUCUAUUGACUUUGUCAAAUUAAAAUCCGGCUGAAACAUUUGUUUUACCUAAAAUGGCUUUGUCUAUACUUUUCUAUCAAUUCAUAAUAAUGCUCAUGGUUGUAUAAGUAAUUUGAUUUUUUAUUUUCAUUUCUAUCAAAAUCACGGCCAUUCGUUAGAUAGGAAUAUUCCGAUACUAAAAAUUUGUGGUCUACCGUUUCAAUGUUAUUAUUAUUUCAUCCAUGUUAAUGCUACUUUAAUGUAACGAUUUUGGCCUGAACAGCAUCACUGUAAGCUAUUGCGUGUUUCUGAGUAGUUAUAAUAUCCUGCAGAUGCGCUAAAACGCAUGAUGUUCCUUCCUGUGCACCUCUUGAUGCUGUAGUUUCAUCCCAUACAUACAUCUUGACAUUGUCAUUGUGCAAAUUAUGGAAGCCCAACCUAUAAACGUACAUAUUUCGCUUAUAAUAGGCUAACGAAACAGAACGUUUAGGGCACGGAAGUGCUUUUUGUAAAUCAAACGAGAAUCCAUAGUAAUCGCUAGAGUUUUCUUUGGUUUUGUUCUGGUCCUCUGCAAGACAGUUCCUAGCUCUUUCUGCAUUUUGUAAAUGUACAUCAUGACUUUCUCUAAGAAAGGUCACACGCUAUUUUCAUCUUAUGUUUGUAUGUAAUUUCUUAAAAUUUUUGACUUAGACCACUUUCAUAAUUAACACUAAAUGAAUUCCGUAUAACGUUAAAAUUACAUCCAGUAUCCUAAAGUUCAUUUUUGACGAUACCGUGAAAAUUACAUUAAAUGCAUAUAGUUUAAGAUAAUGUUGAUGUGAGAAAAAGUAAUAAACUAAUUUUUUUUGAAAUUUUGACUUAGACCACUUUCAUAAUUAUGGGCACAUGUGAAAGUGAAAGAAAUUCAAUCAAGCAAAAGGAAAAAGAAAAUAAAAUAAAAUGAAGUUCAAUAACGUAAUAUUAAGGGAGGCAGCUGCCUCCAGACAACGAGGUUUUCAAUAAUUUUUUGCGAAAAACUGAGGGUAUUUAUUACCUUAAAAUAAAUUACAUACUAUGGAAUAUUCGUGCUUAAAUGAAUAUACAAAAGUUUUUUUUUUCAAAAAAAAAAAUAAAAAACGUGGCCCCUUUAACUUGCGCCGUGGAAUGAACAGCCUCUUGUAAUCAACUGAAAUUAAACAGACAAAAAUCUUUCAUUAAAAUAAGUUAUUCCGCUUUGCACUUACCUAUUUUGAACAAAAGAAAAAAAAACACAAUGAAAAUUUUAAGUGAAAAAAAUACACUUUUUUAAUCAAAAAAUUGAUCAAAACAAUAUUAUAUUAGAGAAUAUCCCUGUAAAAUUUUAAGUUGAUAUCUUGAGUACCUUUUGAGUUACAUUCGACAGCGUGGAGAAAUACGUAUUUCGAGAAAAGUUUUCGUUUUUACUCAUCUUUCGUUCGAUGCUCAUCACUUCACUGACUUUAUAGGGACUUUUCAGACUUUCUAAUAAGCUUAAAACAUUGAAAAGUUAUUCUUUAGAUUGAAUUAGAAAGCAAAACCAAAAAUGGAGGGGCAGCAUUUAAGCUAUAACAGAAAAACAAACAACAACAUAACGUAAAAUAAAAUAAAAUGAAAUAAAAUAAAAUAAAAUAAAAUAAAAAAAGUAAAGUAAAAUAAAAUAAAAUAAAAUAAAAUAAAAUAAAAUAAAAUAAAAUAAAAUAAAAUAAAAAAAAGUAAAA